AUGAAAUUCUCCCGAGAAAAUCAUCUGGGCAACAACGAAAUCGCCACUUCAGAUCAUCGCCGAGACUACUUCGACCAACUUCCCGAUCCUCUUCUCCACCUCAUCUUCAACAAGAUCCUCGACGCCAAGACUCUCGUACGAUGCCUCCCCGUUUCGAAACGCUUCAACUCUCUCAUCUCUCAAACCGACGCCGUUUUCCUUCCUCUCCCUCCUCAGAAGAACAAACCCGCGAAGCUUGUCAGGAGCUUCUUCCGUUUUCUCCACAAAAUCGUAUCAAAAAAACCCAGAAACGCCCAUCGAAACGUUUUUUACCAUUCGCCGUGCGAAGUCCUUAAGGGAUUCAACGAAUUGAAAUCUCUGCAUUUGGAGCUUCCUCGUUGCAAAGGAGAAAUGGGUUUCGCGGGAAAAGAUUCGUUGCUCAAGUGGAAAGCAGAGUUUGGUUCUAAUCUGAGAAACUGCGUGAUUCUCGGCGCAAAUUCUUUGAAAAAAGAGAAGAUCGCGAAAAACGACAAUUUAGCGAAGGAAAACGACAACCAAAAUGCUUUGUCCGACGACGAGCUCAAGCUGCGAAUUGUGUGGAUGAUUUCAUGCCUAAUCGCCGCGUCGGCGAGGCAUUACUUGUUGAAACGUGUCGUUUCGGACUUUCCCACUCUCACAAACGUUGUCGUUUCAGAUGGGGAUAGGCGAGGGAAGGUUUUGAUUGGGGGAGAGGAACUCGCUGAGUUGAGGUCUGAGUCGGUGAGUGGGGACUCGUCCGACGUGGCGUUGGAGUCUUCUUUGGAGAGGAGUUUGAUUCCUGAUUUGGGUAUGAAAAUGUGGUAUGUUCCUAGGAUGGUGCUGCCGACAUGUGGGUGGGUGUUGGAGGGAGCGACACUUGUCGUAAUCAAGCCCCUUGAUCGUGGGGUGAUAGGGAAGGGAUCCGACGGUUGUGAUUGUGAUUUGUUGGUGGGGGGUGGUGGGUUAGAUGGUGAUGAGGAAGAGAGGGAGAUUUUGGAUGAGGCUGUGAGACAGAUGGUCAAGAUGAAAAAGACUUAUGUUAUGGAAAUGACUUCUUUUUGA